AUGUCAAGCGUUCGACCCCUCUUGGUGACAGAGUCGGAUGCAGAAGGCAUCUUGAACGACACCUCACAGGAACCUGCAAAGACAGAUGAAACUGACGUGGUUAAGCCCGUGCCGACGGGCGAGUCCGACUUCAGCGCAGCUGCAGCGUAUCGAACGAGGAGUAUGGCCUCAGAUGUUUCCUCGGCAUCAGGUGUUAAGGUCAAAAAAUCGUUCCGCAGGCUGUGGAGUAUAGUCCAGGAUCGCGUCUCCACGUUUCCGAUGCAGCAACACACGGGCGAUGGCCUUAUACUGGCAAUGGUUCGAACCCGAGAUCAGAUGUUCUCAGAUACCGUGUACACAGAGGACACAACGCAUGAAGUGCUGCAGCUGGUCUUAGUGCUGUGGCUUCAUGCGGCCUCUUUGAUUUUACAAUAUGGCUUGACUUAUCACCUGUACUUCACCACAGUGGAUGGGUUAGCGGCUCCAUUUAGCAGUGGCAUCACCGACAAGUUGCAGGCAAUUCUGCAUGCACUUGGCCAUGAGCCACCCCUGCCGCUCUCGGAGGAGGACCCGGUGCAGAAGGAUGCGCUGGACCUCUGCAUGAAGCAGCACUCUCUUGGACUGACGCAUCUGAUGGUGCUGUCACUCUGGGGUGCGCGGAUGGUAGCGGAGGUUUCAGAGCUGCUGAAUAGCGGGACCAUCCUGAGCUUGAUAGCGGAGCCCGCCGCCGUGGGCUUUCAGUUUCUUGAGGAGAGGACCGAUGAUGGAAAGAUGCUGGUUGCCAACAUGAGUUUGAUGAUGAAGAUUGCCUGCAUCGUUCUUGUUAUAAUUCCAAAAUUGGUUUGCACCAGCUUCUUGAUGUGGACAGGUGGGAAAAUGUUCAUGUUGACUCACACAAUGGGAUCCCUCAUCAUCCCGCUGCUGACCCUGACCUACAUCUUGCAGAUUCCCGCAAUCCUGUUUUCUGGAUUCUCCUCAUUUAAGUUCAAGGAGAAGGUCCAGCUGACGCUGUACCAGUACAGAGUUGCGCUCUGCUACAAUUCACCGAACUGCCAAAUGUGGGGCCUCACAGUGAUCAAAGCAGCAGCAACCUUCUGCUAUGUGUUUUUCAUCUAUGUGCUGGCUUUUGGUGAUGUCACUGAGUACCGCAAUCUGUGCAGCAGGUAUCUAACUAUCUUCCCAGCAGGACGCUGCAGUUUUCGAUGUCAAUUGGGCUUAACAAGCCCCGAGCACAUGCACAAUGGUGCGAGCUAG